CUGGUCGGCGGAAGUGACGCUUAGCGGCGGGAGCGCUUCCUGGUCGGCGUUACCGGUGCCGGGCCCAGCGGCAGCAACAGCCUCCUCAUGACGACGCUCCGCGCCUUCACCUGCGACGACCUUUUCCGCUUCAACAACAUCAACCUGGACCCGCUGACGGAGACCUAUGGGAUCCCCUUCUACCUGCAGUACCUGGCCCACUGGCCCGAGUACUUCAUCGUCGCCGAGGCGCCCGGCGGGGAGCUGAUGGGCUACAUAAUGGGUAAAGCAGAAGGCUCUGUGGCUCGGGAGGAAUGGCACGGCCACGUUACAGCUCUCUCUGUCGCACCCGAAUUUCGACGGCUGGGUUUGGCCGCUAAAUUGAUGGAACUACUGGAAGAAAUUUCAGAAAAAAAGGGUGGAUUUUUCGUCGAUCUCUUUGUGAGGGUAUCGAACCAGGUUGCGGUAAAUAUGUACAAGCAGCUGGGCUACAGCGUGUACCGCACGGUGUUGGAGUACUACUCUGCCAGCAGCGGGGAGCCAGAUGAAGAUGCUUAUGAUAUGAGAAAAGCUCUCUCCAGAGAUACAGAGAAGAAAUCAAUUAUACCUCUGCCUCAUCCUGUCAGACCAGAAGACAUUGAGUAACUGCACGGGACUGAACUCGGGCUCAUUGUUGGUUUGAAAAAGCCAGAAAACCAAAGCAGCCGAGGCUUUUUCUUCCCCGUGGACUCUGAAGACCAGCUCUGUGUCCUGCGGCCCCACACACCCCUCACCCUGCUGUGUCUGCUGAAGGAACAUGUGGUAAAGAUUUCUGGUUUUCUCGUCCUCUUCUUGCUCAAUUUGAAGGUCAGUGCAGGAUUUCCAAAGAACCUGGAAAAGCAAAGUCCCUCCUUAUGUUCACGGCAUCUUCAAACGACCCUGGAUCCAACACUGAGAUAAUGCAAUUUUUGUUGGUUUUUUUUUUUUUUUUAAUGGAGGAGCAUGGAAUUUGCAGAAAUAAAAUUUAGUGAUCAGAGUAUUAAUUGAUCAUAGAAGCCAGGAUUAAGCCUUAUUGAAUUAUGUGCACGUAAUCCGUGCAGCUUACUCCUGUAAGCUUGUUUCUCCCUCCAUGUGUUACGAUGGUGAGUUUUAUAGCCCUGCACACCCUGCCAAGAGACAGAUGCCAAAUUAAUGAGACAUGGGCUAAGCCACUAUGGAAAGCAGUUCUGUUCAAGCUGGUAGAUUGUUUACAUUUUAAUUAGCCAGACUGUGUAAUAAAUACUGUUUUAUUUUCCUGUCUUUCUUCCAUCCUUAUAUCCAGCUUUCUAUCCUGUUUUUCCUCUUCCUUUCUGCCCAGUGUCCUGUCUCUCAUGUUGCUCUCGUGUUCUCUCUGCUCCCCAUCCCCUUCCCCAUCUCUAUUGUGCACUCUCUUGGUUCGUUCUGGUUUUUUGUUGUUUUUUUUCUUUGUAAAAAGUUCCCUGUGCCUUUUCUUUUACUCCCCCGUUCCUCUGCCUUGCGCCGUGUCUCUCCCACUCUGUCCUGCUCACUCCCCCUCUUUUUCUCACUCUCUCCCACCCUCCUGCUCCCUGACUCUCUUUCCCCCUGUUGCUCUGUCCUCCUGUCGUUUUCCCUUCCCCCCGCUGGUUCCUCUCCCUCUCCCUGUUUUGUUCCCUGCUGCCCUGUCCUGCUCCCUGGCCCAUUGUUCCUCACUGUGUCCCUCUGCUCCCCGCCCCUCUUCUUUUUAAUCCCUCUCUGUCAUCUGCCCAUCCCGGGUUUUGUUCAUCUCCACCCUCCUCCCCACCCUUAUUUUUCUUUCUGUCCUGCCCCCACUCCUUCUUUCUGCCUCUUUUCCUCCAUCCCUGCUGUUUCUUUCUCCAUCUCUGGCCUGCUCCCUUGUUCCCCUCUCUCUGUGCCUCUUUUAUUCUUGUCCCUGCCUUUCCUGCCUUUUUCUUGCUGUCCCCUUUGCUGCCUCACACUCUCUCACACGUCACGGUGAUCCCUGCCAUUAACAAUAUAAAUCCCAUUAACAAAA